AAUGGCUGAUACUUAAACUCCUGAUGAUAUUAGUAGAGUGAUUCCCACAAAUCCUUAAUUUCAAGUGACUGGUGCAGUUCAGAAUCAAAUUUAGAUUCCAAACCAAAUUCCGCAAAUUUAAUAGUUACCAUAAUAAGCAUAUGUUGUAUAUGCUCCUUAGAUGUACUAACCAAGACCUUAAUUUAAUCUUAAUUAAGUUCAACCUAUCCAAUACCCAUAAUUUCAACAUCCAUAACACAUGAUUCCACCUUAAUAAUAACCACUCUUACCAUACUAAUAAUAACCUUAAAUAGUUUAACCAUUACUUCCUGUACUAAAAUAAGAAGAAACUUUAAAGCAUGAUUCCUUAAGAUUGGCUGGAAAAUUGGAAAGAAGAUUUUUUAACUUAUAAGUUCUCAGCUUUUUCUUACUUUUUUAAGCCUUUGCUUUAAUUCUAUGUUGUUGUUCUUAUCGCAAUGGCUUUAUUGAAUUCCAGUAUCACCUUUAUGGUAGAUUUAAAGUUACAUUUUACAUUUUCACAGUAAUCAUGACACUUUCACUAUUAUAUUCAUACACAGUUUCAAAGAAAUUUAAAAAUAAUUAAUUUAGCAAAGUUCUUUGUGUAGUCUAUGGAUUAGCUUAUGGCUUUUUUAUAUAGGCUUUGUAUUCUUCCACUUAUUAUAAUUACUAAUAUUAUCAAUAUGGAAGCUAUUUUUAUUUUUUGGAAUCAGAUGGGGGUGAUGUUAUAGUUAUAAUAGUGUUUAGUUUCAUAAAUUUAGAAGUUCUAUCACUAUUUGCAUAUGCAAUGCAAGAAUUAGAUCAAUUAAGUUUUAGAAGUACAUUUUCAUUUUUAUUAUUAGAUUCCUUCUGGUACAUUAUGAUACCUUCAAUUACUUAUGGUGGAAUACUAUUUUCUCUUUAUUACCAAUACGGUAUCUUAUGUGGAAUUAUCUGUUUUUCAAUUGCAUUUGGAUUCUAUUUACAAUUCAUCCUUUCUAGAAUGAUUCAAUCAACUAAAGUAUUUAUUUAUAAUAAUCCUUUAGUUUAAUUUGAGAUCUGAUGAUGGUAAAUACUCAGCUGUUCUACUAAGCUUUUUAAUUUUAGUUCCAUUCUUUGAUAUCGGAUUUAACAAAAGUGAUGAAAUGGUCUAAUAAUCUUAGAGCUAAAACUCUUAGUAAAAAAAUGUACAAUGAG